CCCCACGAUAUCGAAAAUAACUUCGCCCGCGCAAAAGACUACAUCCGCAAGGCUUCAAACGCUGGCGCCGACCUGGCCGUCCUCCCCGAAUUCCACCUAGCAGACUUCCACCCUUCCCACGACCGCAGCAUCCGCCAACGCUGCGCAAACUACGAUACCCAUCUCUCGUCCUACGUCGCCCUCGCAAAGGAAUGUGCCAUCAACAUCGUCCCGGGGUCUAUCGCUGAGCUGCGUACUGACCCGGUCACCGGAGAAGAAAAGUUCCUGAACGUAGCUUACUUCAUCGACUCCACAGGGGAGGUCCGCGGCCGGUACGAGAAGAGGAACCUCUGGAUCCCGGAGCGCGAGUUCAUCGACCGCGGCGCGACCGACUCGGGCCAUGUCGCGUUCGACACGCCGCUGGGGAAGGUCGGGCUGCUCAUUUGUUGGGACUUGGCGUUUCCGGAGGCGUUCCGGGAGUUGGUGAUGCAGGGGGCGAAGAUGGUGAUUGUGCCUGCUUAUUGGAAGUUGGACGAUGCUGGGGAUGUGGGGAAGAGGCGGAACCCCGAGUCGGAGAGGGUGUUUCUUGAUGCGGCUGUUGUGAGUCGGGCUUUUGAGAAUACUGCCGCGGUUGUGUUUUGUAAUGUUGGGGGCAAGAAGGAGGAGGGUUAUGCCGGUGCGUCCCAGGUGGCGGUGCCGUUUGUGGGCUGUGCUGGGAGAGUCGAGGGCUGUGAUGAGGGGAUGAGCAUCGUGGAGGUUGAUAUGGGGGUUUUGGAUGAAGCGGAGGGGGUUUAUCAGGUCAGGCAGGAUCUGGCGAGGGAGGACUGGCAUUAUGGGUAUCGGAGGUGA